AUGGGCUGCAUCAAAGUCAUCUCCGUCUUCCUCGCGGCAGUCGCUGCUGUCGACGCCCGCGCUUUCUUCCACAACCGCGGCGGUAACGAUGUCAUCCCCAACUCCUACAUCGUCGUUAUGAAGGAUGGCAUUUCCACCCAAGAUUUCGAAUCCCACAUCUCCUCCGUUACCGCCACCCACAGCAUCAACAAGGCCAAGCGUAACUCUGAGACCGUAGGACACAAGGACAGCUUCAACAUCAAUGGAUGGAAAGCCUACAACGGCCACUUCGAUGAGGCCACCGUUGAGUCCAUCCUCAACGACAACAACGUGGACUAUGUCGAGCACGACCGUGUCGUCAAGCUGGCCGUUCUAGAGACUCAGCCAAACGCCCCAACCUGGGGUUUGGGACGAGUCUCCCACAAAGCCCCUGGCAACAAGGACUACGUUUAUGACAGCACCGCCGGCCAAGGUGUCACCAUCUACGGUGUUGACACCGGUAUUGAUAUCAACCACUCCGAAUUCCGAGGACGUAUCCGCUGGGGUACCAACACUGUUGACAGCGACGACACUGAUGGCAACGGCCACGGAACCCACACUGCCGGAACCUUCGCUGGUACUACCUACGGUGUUGCAAAGAAGGCCAACAUUGUCGCCGUCAAGGUCCUCUCUGCCGGUGGCUCCGGCUCUACCGCUGGUGUGAUCAAGGGUAUCGACUGGUGUGUCACCGAUGCGAAGGCCAAGGGUGCUCUCGGAAAGGCCGCUCUCAACCUCAGCUUGGGUGGUAGCUUCAGCCAGGCCAACAACGAUGCCGUGACCCGUGCCCAGGAUGCCGGUAUCUUCGUCGCAGUUGCCGCUGGAAAUGACAACAGAGAUGCUAAGAACUCCUCCCCUGCCUCCGCCCCAGCCGUCUGCACCGCUGCCUCCUCCACCAUUGAUGACCAGAAGUCCUCUUUCUCCAACUGGGGUACCAUCGUUGACAUCUACGCUCCUGGCUCCAGCAUUCUUUCUGCUGCCCCCGGUGGCGGUACCCGCACCCUGUCCGGAACCUCCAUGGCCUCUCCCCACGUCUGUGGUGUUGGCGCUGCCAUGUUGGCUCAAGGUGUUACCGUUGCUCAAGCUUGCAACCGUAUUAAGCAGAUCGGCAACGCUGUCGUCAAGAACCCAGGAACUGGCACCACCAACCGACUUCUCUACAACGGAAGCGGCCGAUAG